AAGGAAAAAUGGUUUAUAUAAAUCAUUUUCCUUUCAGCAUGUCAACCCAUCGAUGCCCAUGAUGUUUCAGAAGAAGUGGCUCUUCACUAAAUAAUGCCACAGGUAUAUCUCAGAUCACUGGUGAUUUGGCAGCCAUUUCAUCUUGGAUGACCACCCAUCAUUUGAAGCUGAAACCCGAGCUGUUCUUCAAUCCAAAAGCGAUCCUUGCCAAGAUCCGUCCAUCUCUAGACGGCUCAAUCAUCUGUCCCUCAGAAAGCCGAGGACCUUGGCAUUACAGUGAUGAGGAUCUGGCACAUGGACCCAGUAUAUUACAGCCCUGACUUUCUUACCCCAGCACACACAGGUUCCUCCCGGGAGCCGCGUUUCACGGGACUCUCUAAGGUCAGGCAGCACGGCAGCGUCUCUCUCACUCUGGGAUACGCCAGCAAAUGCUAAAUUAGGACACAGAAUGCCUUCAUUCCAAUAAAGCCUCGGUCUCCUGAGUCAACGGACAAAAAGAUCAGGGUUUGCUGGAGGAGAAACUUUUCCUCCGCCUGCCAGUCAAGGCAUCCCGUUUCCCGUCAUGUGUUUGACAGGAUCUGAAUGUUCUAUCUGAAUGUUUGGACCAAUCCGAAGACCAGAUACCAAGACCUUUUCAAAAGGUACGCCCUCUGCUCGAGUGUGUGUCGGAGCGUGCGUGUGUGUUCAUGCGUGUUGGAAGCAGGUGGAUCACGGAUGCGUCUGCGAUCUCUUCAUCAAGGUUGUGUUUUGUGAGGAGUCCGGACCGCAUCAGCAUUCUGGAUAUAAUCCCACUCCUGUGGAUACGGACACACACUAACACGGGCAGAUCCCACUGCUGUUAAACAUCCGUUUCAUCCGUUGUGGGAUUUUCCACCGAGGACGCAUUAAGACGAGGGGAAUGUGGACCCGGGAGAGAACGUGUCUCCAUCUCCUGUGAACCAGCCUCCGUCCUAAAGAGCAGAGAAGCGUUUACUGCCCGUAACCGGUAGGAUGGUAGCAGGGGAAGUGAGUGGGCACAGCUUCCUGGUGGCGUGCUGGCAGCCCAUUCUAAUCUUGAUGCUGGGCACGGUGCUGUCCGGCUCUGCCACGGGCUGCCCAUCACGCUGCGAGUGCAAUGCUCAGGAGCGCUCGGUCUUAUGCCACCGCAAGAAGCUGAUGUCCGUUCCAGAGGGGAUCCCGUCGGAAACACGACUCCUGGACCUCAGCAAGAAUCGAAUCAAAACCAUCAACCCAGAUGAGUUCUCUGCCUUUCCGCACUUGGAAGAGCUGGAGCUCAAUGAAAACACCAUCUCGGCCAUUGAGCCCGGUGCCUUUAACAACCUGUACGGCCUGCAGAGCCUGGGACUGCGCAGCAACAAGCUGAAGCUCAUCCAGUUGGGAGUGUUCACAGGCCUCAGUAAUCUAACACGGCUGGACAUCAGUGAAAACAAGAUCGUAAUUCUGCUGGACUACAUGUUCCAGGACCUCUACAACCUGCGCUCCCUGGAGGUUGGGGAUAAUGACCUUGUCUUCAUAUCCCACCGGGCGUUUCAUGGGCUCAGCAGCUUGGAGCAGCUUACGCUAGAAAAGUGCAACCUGACCUCUGUCCCGACAGAGGCCUUCACGCAUCUGCACAGCUUGGUUACGCUGCGCUUGCGAAACCUCAACAUCAACAGCAUCCGAGAUUACAGCUUCAAGCGGCUCUACCGUCUCAAAGUCCUGGAAAUCGCCAACUGGCCCUACCUGGAUACCAUGACCACCAACUGCUUGUACGGAUUGAAUCUUACCUCUCUAACGAUCACCAAUGCAAACUUGACGUCGAUUCCAUACUUGGCUUUGCGACACCUGGUUUAUCUUCGUUUCCUCAACAUGUCCUACAAUCCCAUCCAGAUGAUCGAGGGCAACCGGCUCCAUGACCUGCUCCGACUGCAGGAGUUCCACCUGGUGGGCGGUCGACUGACAACGAUCGAGCCCUACUCCUUCAGAGGACUGAACUACCUGAAAAUCCUCAAUGUCUCCAGCAAUGCCCUCACCACCCUGGAGGAGGCUGCGUUCCAUUCAGUGGGGAACCUAGAGACCCUCGCAUUGUAUGACAACCCGCUGGCUUGUGACUGCCGCUUGCUCUGGGUUUUCCGACGCCGCUGGAGGCUCAACUUCAACCGCCAGCAACCGACUUGCUCCUCACCCGAGUUCGUUCAAGGAAAAGAGUUCAAGGACUUUCCUGACGUGCUUCAGCCCAAUUACUUCACGUGUCGCAAGUCAAGGAUUCGGGACCGGAAGCCACAGCAAAAGUUUGUUGACGAAGGCACCACCAUCCACUUCGUGUGUCAAGCAGAUGGAGACCCAACGCCCGUCAUCAUGUGGCUUUCCCCACAAAAACAGUUCAUCACCAUGAAAACGAUAGGACGGCUCACUGUUUUCCCAGAUGGCACCCUGGAGGUGCGCUACGCUCAGAUUCAGGACAACGGGACAUAUGUGUGCAUUGCUAGCAACGCCGGUGGAAACGACACCGCUUUGGCCCACCUGCAUGUCCACAGUUACUCGCCAGACUGGCCCAACCAACCCAACAAAACCUUGGCGUUUAUCUCUAACCAACCCAACGACAACGGAGCCAAUGGAACAAGAGCAACUGUCCCGUUCCCGUUUGAUAUAAAGACACUAAUCAUCGCCACCACUAUGGGCUUCAUCUCCUUUUUGGGUGUGGUUCUGUUCUGCCUGGUUCUGCUCUUUCUUUGGAGCAGAGGCAAAGGAAACAGCAAACACAACAUUGAGAUAGAGUACGUCCCGCGCAAAUCGGACGCUGGGAUGAGCAGCAGCGGCAACGCCGAUGCCCCUCGAAAAUUUAACAUGAAAAUGAUAUAAUCCAACCAGGGAGCUCAAGAGACCCUUUCAAAAACUCAUAAAGACAAAAACAAGAGAUUCCCUGCCUGAACAACCUCUGGCUCUGACGAGCUCCCCAUAGAGGAGGGGUGUUUUUCCCCCUUUCUAAAGAUGGAUGUGCGUCACAGGGGUUGGUGCUUUUGUUCAAUAUUGAACAUGAGAGGGGGAAAAUGUCCUCAUACGCAGUAUCCUCAUACUCUGUGAUGCCGCUUAAACUCAGCCUACGGGGACCAAUAACUUUGAGAGAGGAUUUUGUUUUAAAACACUUAAGUUCCUGUGGAUUUUUAUGGGCAAAAAAAAAGGAAAACCCCAACCUCCAAAAUGUUUUGUGUCGACCUCCAGAAUGCAAAGGCAGAGCAUCCUUCUCCCUUCUGUCCUGCUGCCUGCAUCCUCUGUUCAUUUGUUUAACCCUUUCAUUUCUUGUUUUCUACUAAAAUUAAUAGUUUUAUGAAAGAAUAACAGGGGUGAAAAGCACAUUUAACAAACCUAACAGCUGAAUUUGCCCAAAUUCACCAAAAACGUCUUCUACAUUGUGUCUAACAACAGAAUGUAGAGUAUAAUAGACUUCAUUCCCGCUAUAGAGAAAUGUGUGUAUAGUGCAACUUUCACCGCACAUUCCUUUCUUUGUAUCUGCUCUCUGCUGUCUGGUUCUCAUUUUGCUUUCGGAUCUGUAUUUUAAAUCUGCAUUUGUUAGAUAAGCCGAGGGAGUUUUACGACUCGAGCAUCUGGAUAAACAAGUACUGGUUGUUUAUUGUUGGAUUUAAUGGCUAGGCAAGUGAAAUCAGCAGUAAUUAUGUAACUUUGGUUGUAUGUUUUGCUUUAAUUUUAUAUAGAGAUGAUCAUUGUAGCCUGCAGUGAGCAUUUCUGUGGUGCCUGGUCAGGUUUAAACCCAUUUAAUGGCACUGCAGCAUCACAUUUUUAUAACAAACUCAUUCAAAGUUUGAUUUGCCCGAGAAGCUAAACCGAUACAGUACAGCUCUAUCUCGGAGCAAGCAAGUUCAUAACAGAAUUAAUCAUUUCAUCAAAAGGUGAGAGUGUUGAAAUGCUCGACAGCACUCAAUCACCUUUACCUGCUGCCGAGUCUCACACCUGUCUCUUGCUCUCAGAUCUGUCUCUUGGUCUCACACCUGUCUAGUGGUCUUAGACUAAGACCUGCCUGUCUUACCAGCUGCAGAUCUAUUUUUCUUUACAUUUAUGUAAAACGUUGGUGCCCAAAGAAACCGUUUUGAGUUUUUCCAGUACGUCUAAGGGGUUUGUUACAAUGACAGAUAUCUAUACUAAGAAUUAUUGCGUUAUAUGUUUCCACAUGCAGAAAUGGUGUCACGUUAAAGAAGUGGGAGCAAAUUGAAAGUAGGCUGUUUUGUGCUGACAGGAAAGCUCAAUGGUGCAGUGCUAGAUAGACGCUAGUUAAGAAUGGAUUGGUUAGUGAGUAUGAAGCAGGUUUUUGGGCUGAAAUGCAAUGGUUUAAUGAAUUCGCAACACAGUCCAGCUGUGUUUUAAGUGUGUCUGUGUUUAAUCUGGGCCAAGCAGGGCAGGUGAUUUCCAUGGAAGGACACUGAGCUGUGUUUAUGCGCUGGAAUUUGCUCCGGUGUAGAUGGGUUUCUCCUCGCUAAGUGGUUUGUACUGCUGACUGAGGCUGCAGAUGGAGAGCUGCACAGAUGGUUUAACCCUUACUGAUCCACUUUAGAGUUAAUCUGACACUUGCGCGCACACACACACACACCUGAAUCUUUCUCUGAUCCUCUGCCUCUGUGGUCUACCUACUGUUUUCAUCCUAUUACGUCGAAUAAACCUUUAUAUGACCUCUGCCCUCUCCAACAUUCAGCCCAGAAUGAUAAUGUGCAUUAAUGUGGUCCAUAAUAUUCUUUUAUACUAAAGAAAAAAGACCUAAAAAGGUGAAAAAAUCUAGUAUGAAAAAAUGUUUAAAUUGUUCUGUGCAAUAAAAGUAAUAUGCAUUUUGUUUU